AUACAUAUAAACAAUUUUUUAUUUUCUACUUUCAAGAUCACGCAUAAAUUUUCUUUAAUCUUAAAGGAGAGAUAGCACAUGAUGUUUAAACAGACAAUGGUGGGGAUUGAGCCAAACGCUAUCCAUGCACUACCUUGAAGGAAGUAGCAUGGAUAGCACGUGUUUAUAACGUCGAACGCUACGGAUAGUGACGUCAUCAUAAUUUUGACAGCGCUCCAACGUCUCCGCGAACAGCGGUAGUGCUGCGUAGCGCUAAUAGCAAAUUCCCCGAACACACCCUAAUUAGUCGUUCCAAUAAAAAUAUUUAAUAAUUUUUUAACAUAUGUUUGAAAAAUAUUAAAUAUGCAAAUAAAAAUAUAUAUAAAUAUGUUAUAAAUAAAAUAACUUUAAAAGAAGGAGACUAAUACUACGCAUGCGCAAAAAACCCGGCCCGAUCAGCAACACUGAUCCGGGGUUGGACUAUCGAGUGAAUUCCUUGCUUGAUCUUUUCCGAGUUAACCACCAGUGAUGUCGCGUGUAAAAGUGAGUCCGAAAAUAAACAAGAAAAGUCUAAACAAAAGGCGAGAAUCCCGGAGAUGGAACGAGAGCGAGCAUCGAGAAAAUUCCAUGUCGAAUGAGAAUAUGACAGAUAGCCCAUAUUAUAAUGGUUUCUAUGACAAAAAAAGAUCCAUUCGAUGUACAGAUAUUGAGGGUAAUGAGACAACUGUCGAGUUCAUUUAUCAAUUUGUAAAGAAGAGCUACAGCUAUCAAAAUGACUCCAUUGAUUAUUGUAGUGAAUUUUAUACUAACAUAAUUGGUCCACCUGAAAGACAUUUAUGUUAUGAAUAUAUAAGAAAGACAUUUGACGCUCACCUGAUAUUGUCUUUAUUACCCAGAAAGAAUUACACAGAUGUUAGGUAUCAUGAUUUUAGUAAGAUGGAUCCUAAAAUAAUCGAUAAAAUUUCUAUUAAUAUUGAGUAUCAUGUUGCUGUAUAUCCAAUCAGAAUUACUAUAUUUGAUACAGCAUAUAAAUUGAAGGAGGCAAUUCAAAUUUGGGCUCAAGAUCCUGACAACCAGUGGUUCCUGUUGGGGUAUUAUUCGCUGUCAAAACAUAGGUUACGCGGAAAAAUAUUACCUUCUAUAACUCUACAUCCAUGCAAUUUUAAAACUAAAUUGCUCAGACUGGUAUUUAACCAUAGAUUGGAAGAACACAAGCUAAAUGCUAUAAUGCUUAUCGGAACAUCAGAGUUGAUACUUUCUAAAAACCCUGAAAAAGAAGAAAAUUCAAAAUUUUUAUCAAAAAACGUUGGUCGACAAUUCUGGGGUAUAUAUAAUUUCAGCUAUAUGCGCUCUAUCAGAACACAUCCCACCGAUAUGCUUACAUGUGUUCACAGGGAUAUACUCGACCUUAUAGACAAUUUUCAUGAAUAUGGCACUAUCUGUAAAAGAAAUAUAGUAAAGAGUUUUCAUAAAGAUCAGCUUGGACAUAAACAAAUAUCUUAUAAUGCCUUCUUAGGUUAUAUACAAAUUCAUAAACAAAGCUUAACAGUUAAAGAUUAUUCGAAUUAUAAUGAAUUUAUGGAAGAUCUUAAAUUCUUAUGGGGUAAAUCUAAGAAAUCAUAUGACAGUUUCUCAAAGCUUCCGGAUGAUACAAUUUUAAAUAUAUUAAAAAAUUUAGACUUGAGGUCGUUAUGCCGCGUAGGUAGAGUAAAUAAACGGUUGAAUAAUUUAACACGAGAUCCUUUUCUAUAUACCAGCUUGAACAUGCGGAAUAUACACUUUACAUAUUGGCGCACCAAUCUUUGGCAUAAAUUUCAUUACUUUGCGCGCAGAUGUAAAUAUUUAAAAGAGUUAGAUCUGUCAUAUUGUGACAUUCCUGUUGUGAAAUUUAAUGUGUUUAUUCAUACUUGCGGCAAGCGUUUAACGCAUCUAAAUUUAAGUCGUUGCCGAUGUGUUAACAACUCUGUCUUACGUCAAAUUUCAAAGACUUGUCCAAAUUUAAAAGAAUUGAAUUUAAGUUGUUGUCGUUUCGUAAAUGAUAAAGGAUUUUCUUAUCUUGAAAAUCUAAGGUAUUUGGAGUGUUUAAAUCUUCAGACUAUAGAAAAAAUGCAAACUAAAACUCUUUGCAAAAUAUUGCAAAGAAAUCAACAGCUACGUAACUUAAAUUUAGCAAACACAAAUUUAAACAUAGACGAGAUCAUAGUGGAAUUAAAAAAUUCGUGUCCAAAUUUGGAAACAAUAAAUUUACAACGGAUAACAAUUACAUCAAAAAGUAUUUAUGCCUUGGCUGAUUGCAAGAAUCUACAAGAAAUAUAUUUUGGUUGGCUCUAUGACAGCAUAAAAAACGAAAAUGAAGAAGAUCUAAAGAAGAGCUUUCAUAGAUUGUUUUCUUCUCUACGUUUAGAAAAACUCGACAUAACCGAUUGCGAUGUCAAUCAAAUUAUUUUGGAUAGCUUAAAGCUGUGCGAAAACUUAAAAAGUUUAACCUUUAACGGACAUACUGAGAAAUUUGACUCCAACAUUUCUUUUAAAAUGGAGAGAAUUGAUGGUAAUAUGUAUAUUAUACCUAUUCGUAUGACGUGUUAAUGAUAGCUGGUUUAUUAUAUAGCAGAGAACAACUCGUGCAGUUCUCUACUAAGAUUGAAACAAUUUGGCUGUCUCUGACAUAAACAGAGAUUUUAACAAAUAACCUCCCUGAUAAUAAAAGAGCUAUAAAAAUUAUUUUUCUAAAUUGUUUCCAAAAAAUUGAUUAAUUUAUUGACGUCAGAAAUAAUAUCAAAAUCAAUCUUUUAAUAGCAGUUGUAAUAUGUUUAUAUUCUGAGAUAUUUUUAUGUAUGGCGUGAAUUAUAUCGUGAUUGGUUUAUUAAUCA